UGGACCUCAAGGGCAAGAUGCCCAACAAGAUGAUCAGGAAAGGCGUGUUCAAGGACCAGCACUUUGACCAGAACCUCAACUUCCUGUACACCGAAGUAGACAGAGUUACUGAAAGGGAGAAGGUGACAGUGAUGAGCACCAUCAACCCCACCAAGGAGCUGCUGGCUGACAUGGUGGGCUGCCAGCGUCUGCCCGAGGACCAACGCAAAAGGUGGCCCAGCUCAAGGACCUGCUGGACCAGACACUUAUGCUGGACCCGGCCAAGAGGAUCAGCAUCAACCAGGCCCUGCAGCACCCCUACAUCCAGGAGAAGAUCUUCUGACCACUUCGUACUGUAUCCACUCAGUCAUGCAUUGAUUGCUGCAACCAGUACUGAGUCCUUAGUUUGACUAUGGUUGGACCCCCAUCCCAUCUGGCACUGCUGAUGGAGAGGAAGUAGUAUUAUCUAUCUUCCCCUGUUUGACACACACACACACACACACACUCCCGUUUUUCAUCGAUCUUCUGGAUUGUGUAAAUAACCGUAGUAGGGCUCCAAGCAGAAUGCCUGCUGCAUAGCAUAUGUUCAGUUUCAGCCUACCUGCAAGUCAGAUAGUUCUGUCUCAUUAUAAGCCCUGGACAGUAAGCCACUCGAGUUGGACUCUUCAUCCAAUCAGAUCUUCCGUUUUUUGAUUGGCCCCUUGCAGGUGACUGAAGGUGGAUGAUAUUUUUUGCUGUAAAAAAAAACAAUGUGAAUUCUGAUUGGGUUAAGUAAAAUGUAAAUUCUGAUUAUUGGGGAGGGUUAGUCAAAUGUGAAUUCUGAUUGGGUUAGUCAAA